UAGCGCAUUCAGUACUUGACCAACUUCUGUCGUUGAUCUGUGACUUGGUGUGUUUCCCCAGUUCAUCGUUGUUUGAACGUAGAAUGUGCUACCAGUGAUUUUUUACUAUAUCGGUAUUUCAAGUCAUGGCCCACGAAACACCGUAAGAUACUUGGUGUGUUCAUAUGUUCUCGUCUGUGACUGAAUCAAUAACCUCUCAUGUAAUAUGAGAAUGGUGAGGUUCCGUGGAACGUGAAAAAGUUCUAUCUGUCCUUUAUUUUGUAUUUAAUCAGUGGUAUAAUAUAAGAAACUGAUUCAGUUUUAUAGAGGACUGACUUCUGCUUAGCUUUUAAAUAAAUAAGUGAAGAUUUGUUUCUUGAAGACAGUUUAAAAAUCAAGAAUAAUGGGGGAACGCAAAGGAACAAAUUUAUAUUAUCCACCUGACUAUGAUCCCCGCGUUGGUGGACUCAAUAAAUUUCUUGGUACUCAUGCAUUACGUGAAAGAGCAAGAAAAUUGCACAUGGGGAUCCUCAUAGUCAGAUUUGAAAUGCCAUAUAAUAUAUGGUGUGAUGGCUGUGGUAAUCAUAUAGGAAUGGGUGUUCGUUAUAAUGCAGAGAAAAAGAAAAUUGGAAUGUAUUAUAGUACACCUUUGUAUCAGUUUCGUAUGAAAUGUCAUCUGUGUGAAAAUCAUUUUGAAAUAAAGACUGAUCCAGCAAAUUUAGAUUAUGUAAUAGUGAGUGGUGCAAGACGUCAAGAAAAUCGGUGGGAUCCUAAAGAAAAUGAACAAGUAAUACCAGAAACAAAAGAAGUAUCCUGUAGAUUAUAUGAUGAUGCUAUGUAUAAGUUGGAACAUGGUGUAGAAGAUAAGAAAGUAGCAAAGUUAAGAGAAUCUUCUUUGGAAAGUGCAAUAGCAUUAAAUAAUGCUACAUGGAAAGAUGAUUAUACGUCAAAUUCUGUAUUACGCUCUGCAUUUAGAACUCAGAAAAAAGAGUUACAAAAGAAACAAGGUCUGGAUUCAGUAUUGCUUAAAAAAAAUGGAUUGAAUAUUGAUUUAGUUAAUGAACAUGAAGAUGAUAUAAAAUUAGCUAAGCUAUUGAUGCAUAAAAGAGAUAAGAAAAAGAAUGGGCAUAAUCCUUUGAAACGAUUGAUUACUAUUGCACGAUCUAGAGAUAAACUGAAAAGUUCAUCACAUUCUGUAUCAAGCAAUAUCUCUAGAAAUCAGACAGAUCAAAUGCGUACACUUUGUAAGCUUACUCAACCAGAACCUUCAACAUCGAAAACUGUUACCAGCACGUUAAAUACAUCGUUAGUGACUUACGAUAGUUCUGAUACAGAUAAUGAUUUAUAACACUUUGUAUUUAUAAUGUGUAUAUACGUACGUGUAUGUAAUGAAUAGAGUUUAUAUUAUUUUGUAUAUAAUAUGUAAUGUACAAUUUUUA